AUGUCCGCGAUACCUGGCCUACGCACCUUGGCCAGCUUGGGUCUAUCCCUUGUCUCCAUCCCAGCGCUUGCGACCCAAGCUCAAGCCCAAACAACGGCCGCGACACUCUUCGCAACGCAUUACAACACGAAGUCGAUCUAUACGCUUUCGCUGUCGCGCGCGUCCAAUGGGUCGUAUACGCUGACUGAGUCGUCGAAGCUCGAGACGUGCGGGGAGUAUCCCAGCUGGAUCACGCUUGAUGCGGAGACAGGGACGAUCUAUUGCUCUGACGAGUAUGGGUGGAAGAAUGAACAGGAGACCGUGAACGGGUCGUUGACUGCGCUGUCUGUUGAUGAGGGCGUGUUGACCGAGAUUGCGAAAACAGAUGCGGCGCCAAGUGGUGUGAACAAUGUUGUUUAUGAGGGAGACGGAGGGGAGCAGUAUCUUGCGAUUGCGCAUUACUCUGGCUCCGCGGUCUCAACAUAUGCGCUUCCGCUGGAAGACGGGGCCGAUCCACUACAACUCUUCGAAUUCGAAUUAUCCGCGCCCGGUACGGUCCCCGCAAACCAGGAUGCGCCUCAUCCACACCAAGCUCUCCUCGAUCCGACUGGAGCCUUUGUUCUCGUUCCCGAUCUAGGCGCAGACCUUGUCCGCGUCUUCGCCAUUGACAAGGCGAAUGGUAAACUCAACACUUGCCCGCCAUUGAACUACACAUUGGGUGGGGGCCCGCGACACGCCGUGUUCUCGACUGCAUCAGAGGAUCAGCAACUUCGACUUCAGGGUAGCCGUGCUCCACGUGAUACUGCUGGAACAGUUCUCUACGUAGCUGGGGAGUUGAAUGGCAAAGUCGAGGCCUUUGCCGUUUCGUACCAGGAAAGCGGAUGUCUUGCAUUCAAGCAGAUCGAGGCGGAGGUGCCGUACCCGGAGGAGUUUCCCGAGGGUGCCUCCCUCGGUGAGAUCAGACUGGCUGAUAGCCACUUGUACGUUUCUGUGAGAUCGGACAAGGCGUUUGAUGGGAAUGACUCUAUUGCAAAGCUUGACUUGGAUCGUGAUGGCAACUUUGAGUUUCAGAAUAUCAACUCCUCCGGCGGCGAAGUUCCGCGCACAUUUGCGAUCAACAAGGCCGGCGAUCUGGUUGCUGUCGGGAACCAGGUCUCUUCUAAUGUUGCUAUUGUUGAGCGGGACCCCGAUACUGGCCUUCUGGGUAGCGUUGUAACGAGCCUGUUCAUUGGAACCCCUGGCGACCCUGACAACUCACUUUCGGGGCUAAGCAGCAUCAUCUGGGAUGAGUAA